UCGCUCGGUCACGGACACUCAAACCCGCAACACCACCCGGUCGGUUUUCAAACGGCUGGGAAAAAACGUGGCCGACGACGACUUGAGGAAGACAUUGCUCAGAAAGCGAACGACUCAAGCCGAAGAAGAAGAAAUGAAAAGCCUCCGAAGAAGAAUAGUCGAACUCGAAGCUCGACGUUUGGCCCAAAAACGACUUCCCUCCACCGGACAAGACCUGACAGAAGUCUGUCUCAAGCGAGCCGCGACAACCUCAAGGGCACGAAUCGAGUUCAGCCCAGCCGAACCCGAAUCACUCCUAACAUUUGAUAUUUUUCAGGAACAGUUACCCGAGAAGAUCAAGAUCCCACAAAUUGGAUUUUAUGACGGAACAUCCGACCCGGACACCCACCUAGGAUUGUGGUCACAAUUAAAGUCAAUGUUCCGAACACACUUUAUCGGAUCCCAGGCAUGCCGAAUUCCCAAAGAAUCGAACACUCAUAUCAUCCAAGGAGCGGACAAAAAUUUGAAGGAUUAUAUCAAUCGUUUCAAUGAACGGGUACAAAACAUGGAACCGUGCCAUCAAGAGACCCUGCUCGUUUCAGCAUAUUCAGGGUUGAGACCAAAUUCGAUGUUCAAAUGGACCCUUUGCCAAAACAAACCCCAGACGUACCAUGAAUUCUUGAUGAAAGCUCAACAGCAUAUCAUGGUAGAAGAAAACAUGUCCGUCCCGUCAUUUCCAGCCUUGAACGAACCACCUAAUAAAGCGAAGGAAUCCCGACCGAACAAGGAGUUCACGAAGGACGGAAGGAGUGCCCAAUUCUGGGCCAUGCAGAGGAAACAUCACGAGGAACUCACGAACAGCUACCAGGGAGUGUAUUCGGCCGGUGCGGCCGUGGUGUACGAAGAACUGAAAAACAAGGGGAUCAUCCCAGACCCUAAACCGAUCAGGGCCGACGAGGAGAAUUUGGACAAAAGCCGAUACUGCGCCUACCACAAAUCGCACGGCCACAAUACUGACCAGUGUCGGAAUUUGAUAUCUGCUCUUUUAAAACUCAUUGAUGAUCCGCAGGUAAGGAGGUUCACUAGGAUGGACGGAGGCAACCGGAGGCCAAGAAACAACGAUCGAAUGAACCUAGGAGACGAUCUCGACUUUGGAGCGAAUCCUCGGAGAACGAACGAACAACCCAAUGAAAUCUUGAUGAUAAGUCAGGAGCAACGAGGUGAGACAAGUGCAUCCGAGGGAAGGAAAAGGACAACAUCCAGUCGAGACGAGGAGCAUUCGGUUCACAUCCCAAUCCGAAGAAGCGGACUGCCCACCAGGGUCAACACGAGCAGAGAGAGUACAGGCGUGUCGAGAAGGCAAGUCAAGGCAUAUGUCCGGAAGGCAUACAGCACAGGACACCAAGUCAGCCGAGCGGAGGCCAACCGACAAGUGCCCAUGCCCACGAACUUAAUAAUGUUUUCGGAUGAAGAUUCUUUCCCAUUCGAUAAUCCGCACUCAGACGCACUCGUAAUAACAGCCCCUAUCUUCCGCAUCCCAGUUCACCGAAUCAUUGUGGACACUGGAGCGUAUUCAA